GCGGCCGCUGCUCUCCCGCAGGCCACACGGUGCCAAGAUGCAGAUCUUCGUGAAGACCCUGACGGGCAAAACCAUCACCCUCGAGGUGGAGCCCAGCGACACCAUCGAGAACGUCAAGGCCAAGAUCCAGGACAAGGAAGGUAUCCCUCCGGACCAGCAGCGGCUGAUCUUUGCAGGCAAGCAGCUGGAAGAUGGGCGUACGCUCUCCGACUACAACAUCCAGAAAGAGUCCACCCUGCACUUGGUGCUGCGUCUGCGCGGAGGCAUCAUCGAGCCUUCCCUUCGCCAGCUUGCUCAGAAGUACAACUGCGACAAAAUGAUUUGCCGCAAGUAUGUCCUAGCCUCGGGAGCUCUGAGCGGCUUCCUUACCCCGCUUCUCACCCCACGUCCACGGGGUGGGGGUGAUCGCGCUCUCAAAACGCGGUUCCUUGGCGAAGCUCCGCUUUGCCUUAACUUGCCUGGGAAGGAACUGGAACAGCUCCUGAAGCUUCGGCGAGUUGCCUCGUCUUACUGCCCUCUUUCUCCGUGUAAUUCCCUGUGCCGCUUGGAGCCCCGUGGGUAG